CGGCGGAAAUCUUUUGAAAGUUUCUCUUUUACACCGACGACGACAACAUCACGGCCGCCCAUUUGACUCAAUUCGCCAACUUCGGGAGUCUAUCGACAAAAUGGGUAUCGAUCUCGACCGCCACCACGUGCGCAGCACGCACCGCAAGGCUCCCAAGAGCGACAAUGUGUACCUCAAGCUUCUCGUGAAGCUGUACCGCUUCUUGACCCGUCGCACCGACUCCAACUUCAACAAGGUCAUCCUGCGCCGUCUCUUCAUGUCGCGCAUCAACCGCCCUCCCGUCUCCAUCUCCCGCAUUGUCGGCAACCUGGACAAGGAGGACAAGCGCACCGUCGUCAUCGUCGGAACCGUCACUGACGACAACCGUCUCCUGACCGUCCCCAAGCUGACCGUCGCUGCCCUGCGCUUCACCGCCACCGCCCGCGCUCGCAUCACCGCUGCCGGCGGCGAGGCCAUCACCCUCGACCAGCUCGCCCUCCGCGCCCCCACCGGUGGCAACACCCUCCUCCUCCGCGGACCCAAGAACUCCCGUGAGGCCUUCAAGCACUUCGGCAUGGGUCCCCACAAGCACAAGAAGCCCUACGUCGAGUCCAAGGGCCGCAAGUUCGAGAAGGCCCGUGGUCGCAGAAGGUCCCGCGGUUUCAAGGUCUAAGCGUUGGUGGUAUCUUCCAUCAUUGCUUGGCUCUUUUUCACUCUGGGGUUCGGUCGUGCGUGGCCUGGUCGCGCAGGUAUGGACCAAAAGCAAGAACAACGCUAUCACAAGACGGGUGGCGUGGGGUUGAGAUAUCCCCUGCGCCUCCUGUCGUGCUUUACAGGGAACACUUUUUCUUGCAUGGUAUGGCGUGGUUAGGUAUCCAAAAAAGAAGAAUUGACGACUACGAAACCUUCUCUUAACGGCGUCGAAUGGCAUCUCUUGGGCU